AAUUGGUCGUACAAUGCGCAUUUACUAAUACAUUAACAGCGUACAUGUCGCUUUGUAGGAGAAGACCAACUCUCGAUGGCCUAAAAGCGUGCUACCGGCUCACAUCCGCGCAGUGCAUCAGUAGCACAUGCGUGGGAAAAAUCUAAUAAAAAUUCAAAAUGUCUAGCAACGCGUCUUCCGGGCCUAAUGACGCAAACGAUAGUUAUCUUCUUUUGGAAGAUGGUAGUGUUUUCUUGGGAAAACGCUUCGGUGCCGACGUAUCCAUCGAUGGUGAAAUUGUCUUCCAGACUGGUAUGAUUGGUUAUCCGGAAUCACUUACGGAUCCUUCUUAUCACGCUCAGAUUUUAGUGCUUACAUACCCACUCAUAGGAAAUUAUGGCGUCUUCGGCGACGAAAAGGAUGAAUACGGCAUACCAUACUGGUUCGAAUCCCAUCGUAUAUGGACUGCUGGACUCGUGGUUGGAGAAAUUUGCGAGAAGCCCAGCCACUGGCGACAAACUAAGACGCUAUCCAAUUGGAUGAAGGAGCAAAAUGUACCUGGUAUAUGCGAGAUUGACACACGAGCACUGACAAAAAUAAUUACGGAAAAAGGUACUAUAUUGGGCAGGAUAAUUAUGGGUCAACCGUCACAUACUCUGCCAAUAAUGCCUCCAAUAGAAGAUCCUAACAAGAGAAAUCUUGUUGAGGAAGUUUCUCAGCCAAACCCAAAAACGUAUAAUCCGGACGGACACCCUUGUAUAUGUGUAGUUGACUGUGGUUUAAAGUACAACCAAUUGAGAUGUCUAUUAAAACGUGGUGCUCGCGUGGAUAUUGUGCCAUGGAAUUACGAUAUUAAGACUGCCAAAUACGAUGGUUUAUUCCUCAGCAAUGGACCGGGUGAUCCUAGCAUGUGCCAAGUGAUCAUAGAAAAUAUUCGAGAAGUAUUCAAACAAAAAAGACCUAUCUUCGGUAUAUGUCUUGGACAUCAACUAUUAUCUAUAGCCGCUGGUUGUGUUACAUAUAAAAUGCAGUACGGCAAUCGAGGUCAUAAUCAACCGGCGACGCAUAGUAUCACCGGACGUUGCUACAUGACCUCGCAAAAUCAUGGAUUUUGCGUCGAUGCUACUCAAUUGCCAUCUGAUUGGGAAGUACUCUUUACCAAUGCCAAUGAUAGUAGUAACGAAGGUAUAGUCCACUCAGUCUUACCCUAUUUUUCCGUUCAAUUUCAUCCGGAGCACACAGCAGGACCUGAGGACCUCGAAUGUCUCUUCGAUGUAUUUCUGGAAAGCGUGAAAGACCAGAUCUAUAAUCCUCCAUACCUUUCUGUAAAGGAUAGACUCCAUACAAGUCUGAUCUACACACCUUUGUUUCCGAUCAUGACCGAACAUCCGAAAAAGGUUUUAAUUCUGGGCUCGGGAGGUCUCAGCAUUGGCCAAGCUGGAGAAUUCGAUUACUCAGGUUCGCAAGCAAUUAAAGCGCUAAAAGAAGAGUCAAUACAGACUCUCUUGAUAAAUCCUAAUAUUGCUACGGUGCAAACGUCAAAAGGCAUGGCCGACAAAGUAUAUUUCUUACCGAUUAUACCGGAGUACGUAGAACAGGUGAUACGAUCCGAGAGACCGGACGGUGUAUUAUUAACAUUUGGCGGACAAACCGCUUUAAAUUGUGGCCUGGAACUUGAGAAAAACGGCGUGUUCGCCAAUUAUAAUGUCAAAAUUCUAGGUACACCAAUUGAAUCCAUUAUACAAACCGAAGAUAGAAAGAUUUUCGCGGAUCGUGUCAGCGAAAUAAAUGAAAAAGUCGCGCCGAGCGCUGCCGUAUAUUCGGUUCAAGAGGCACUAGAAGCUGCUGAAAAACUGGGUUAUCCCGUAAUGGCGCGCGCUGCUUUUUCGCUCGGUGGUCUUGGCUCAGGCUUUGCUAAUACGAGAGAAGAGCUAAGGACACUAGCGCAACAAGCUCUGGCGCAUUCCAGUCAAUUAAUAAUCGACAAAUCCCUGAAGGGCUGGAAAGAAGUGGAGUACGAGGUUGUCCGCGAUGCAUACGAUAAUUGCAUCACGGUGUGUAAUAUGGAAAACGUCGAUCCACUCGGCAUACAUACCGGCGAGUCCAUCGUCGUCGCGCCGAGCCAGACCCUGUCGAAUAAAGAUUACAACAAGCUGCGAACUACGGCCAUUAAAGUCAUUAGACACUUCGGCAUUGUUGGAGAAUGUAACAUCCAGUAUGCUCUUAAUCCAUUCUCCGAAGAAUAUUACAUCAUCGAGGUGAAUGCUAGAUUGUCCAGAAGCUCGGCUUUAGCCAGCAAGGCUACGGGUUACCCUUUGGCUUAUGUCGCCGCUAAAUUAGCUCUUGGAAUACCCCUGCCGGAUAUUUGUAAUUCUGUUACCAAAGAGACGACAGCCUGUUUUGAACCGAGUCUUGAUUAUUGUGUCGUUAAAAUACCCAGAUGGGAUCUUAGCAAAUUUCAUCGCGUCAGCACGAAGAUUGGUAGUUCCAUGAAGAGUGUAGGUGAAGUGAUGGCAAUCGGUCGUAAAUUCGAGGAAGCCUUCCAGAAGGCAUUGAGAAUGGUCAAUGAAAAUGUAAAUGGCUUUGAUCCUUAUGUGAAGCCGAUAAAUGAUGAAGAACUGGAGAAGCCAACAGAUAAGAGAAUGUUUGUUCUCGCAGCUUCGAUCAAAGCCGGUUAUUCGAUCGACCGAUUAUAUAAACUCACCAAGAUAGAUCGCUGGUUCCUCGAGAAGAUGAAGAACAUCAUCGAUUAUCAUGUACUCCUGGAGAAUACCGAUCAUACAAAACUCACACGCGAUUUACUAUUAGGCGCAAAGCAAAUUGGUUUCUCGGACAAACAGAUUGCCGCCAUAGUAAAAAGCUCCGAAUUGGCUGUCAGAAUACAGAGACAAGAACAUAAAAUCCGACCGAUGGUCAAACAAAUUGACACAGUGGCCGCUGAAUGGCCGGCCAGUACUAAUUAUCUUUAUUUAACGUACAACGGUACUACUCACGACGUACAGUUCCCUGGUGGUUACACAAUGGUGAUAGGUUCUGGAGUGUACAGAAUCGGUAGCUCAGUAGAAUUUGAUUGGUGUGCCGUGAGUUGUCUGCGUGAAUUGCGAAAUCUUGAACGUAAGACCAUAAUGGUGAAUUACAAUCCAGAAACAGUUAGUACAGACUAUGAUAUGAGUGAUAGAUUGUAUUUCGAGGAGAUCUCCUUCGAGGUUGUGAUGGACAUAUACGACUGUGAAUGUCCUGAAGGUAUAAUACUUUCUAUGGGUGGACAACUACCUAACAAUAUAGCUAUGGAUCUGCAUAGACAGCAAGCUCGAAUUCUCGGAACCUCCCCGGAAUCAGUUGAUGGUGCCGAAAAUCGUUUUAAAUUCUCUCGUAUGCUUGAUAGUAUCGGCAUAUCGCAGCCGAGAUGGAAGGAACUGACAAAUUUGAAGUCCGCGAUUGAGUUUUGCGAGGAAGUCGGUUAUCCAUGCCUUGUAAGGCCUUCAUACGUGCUAAGUGGUGCUGCAAUGAAUGUCGCUUAUUCGAAUCAAGAUCUUGAAUCUUAUUUAAAAAGUGCGAGCGAAGUUAGUAAAGAGCAUCCUGUGGUAAUAUCAAAAUUUAUUCUCGAGGCAAAGGAGAUUGACGUCGAUGCUGUGGCUUACGAAGGGAUUAUUUUAUGCAUGGCAGUAUCGGAACAUGUGGAAAAUGCUGGCGUUCACUCUGGUGAUGCUACAUUAGUAACGCCACCACAAGACAUCAAUACGCAAACUCUGGUGAAGAUAAAAAACAUCUCUCGAGCAGUAGCAGCAUCUUUGGGAGUCACUGGUCCUUUUAACAUGCAGCUCAUUGCGAAGGAUAACGAGCUGAAGGUUAUUGAGUGUAAUGUACGAGUAUCCAGAUCUUUCCCUUUCGUCUCAAAAACUUUAGAUCACGAUUUCGUUGCAACGGCAACUCGUUUAAUCAUUGGCGAAACGAUUGAACCUGUGGAUGUUUUAGCUGGCUGUGGAAAAGUUGGACUGAAAGUACCGCAGUUUUCCUUUUCUCGCCUUGCAGGCGCUGAUGUAACGUUGGGUGUCGAAAUGGUGUCUACCGGAGAAGUCGCUUGUUUCGGUGAGAAUCGUUACGAAGCUUAUCUAAAAGGCAUGAUGAGCACUGGUUUUCAUAUACCCCAAAGAGGUAUUUUACUCUCCGUAGGAAGUUUUAAGCAUAAAAUGGAGUUGCUAGGGUCUAUCAGAAAUCUAAAAAACAUGGGAUACAAAUUGUAUGCCAGCAUGGGUACCGCCGACUUUUAUACAGAGCAUGGUGUCGAGGUAGAACCGGUGCAAUGGACAUUCGAGAACAUCGCCGUGAACGAGGAUUCCAGCCCGAGUCAACUUCGGCAUCUCGCCGAUUUCUUGUCGAAAAAGCAAUUCGAUCUCGUGAUUAAUCUACCGAUGAGAAACGGCGGAGCCCGGCGUGUUUCAAAUUUUAUGACGCAUGGUUAUCGGACGAGAAGACUAGCAGCUGAUUAUUCUGUACCUUUGAUUACAGACGUUAAAUGCGCGAAGCUGCUGGUUGAAGCAUUAAGAAUGGUUGGCGGGAAAGCACCGCGUAUGAAAACGCAUACUGAUUGCAUGUCAUCGCGAAAAAUGAUCAGAUUACCUGGCCUUAUCGAUGUACACGUGCAUACCCGUGAUCCUGGAGCGACUCACAAAGAAGACUUUGCCUCUUGCACUGCAGCAGCGCUGGCCGGAGGCAUAACAAUCAUUUUUGCAAUGCCGAAUACCAAUCCUCCGGUAAUAGAUCACAAGACUUUCGCGAUCGUCAAAGCGCAAGCUGUAGCUGACUCACGAUGCGAUUAUGCACUUUUUGCUGGUGCCUCAUCGGAUAAUUAUAACGAUAUACGUGAAAUAGCACCACACGUGGCCGCUUUAAAAAUGUACCUGAACGAAACGUUUACAACUCUUUGUCUCGCUGAUCUUGCUGUUUGGAUUAAGCACUUCGAAAGUUGGCCGAAAAAGUAUCCUUUGUGCGUGCAUGCGGAAGGACAAACCACAGCUGCGGUCCUUUUACUAGCGAGUUUGCACAGCAGACCAAUUCAUGUGUGUCACGUAGCACGAAAAGAGGAAAUACAAAUCAUUCGAGCUGCUAAAGAACAUGGAUUGGCAGUUACGUGCGAAGUAUGUCCGCACUAUUUAUUUCUUUGCCAGGAUGAUUUGGAACGAAUAGGCUAUGGAAGAGGUCAAGUAAGACCUUCUUUGGGAACAAAGGAGGAUCAACAGUCUCUCUGGGAUAAUAUAGAUAUUAUCGAUUGUUUUGCAACUGACCACGCUCCACAUACUGUGCAAGAGAAGUCAUCCGAGAAACCACCGCCAGGAUUUCCUGGCUUGGAAACUAUGUUACCGCUCUUACUGACCGCUGUGCAUGAAGGAAGGCUGACCAUAGAGGAUAUUAUAGACAAAUUGUAUCGAAACCCCAAAAGGAUCUUCAAUAUCCCUGAUCAACGUAACACAUACAUCGAGAUCGAUAUGGAUGAUGAAUGGAUUAUUCCGGAAGCAAUGGCGUACAGCAAAUCGAAGUGGACACCUUUCACUGGCAUGAGAGUUCGCGGUUCCGUGCAUAGAGUGGUCUUGAGAGGCGAAAUUGCUUACAUUGAGGGGCAAGUACUAAUAAAUCCUGGAUUUGGUCAAGACAUCAGGGAUAUACAAUAUAAUACGAAGACUUCAUCAACGUUCCAUGCGCCGACAACAUCCGUUCAACUCGCAGAUAAUGUCAACAAACCAUUAUCACUAGACAGUCUCAUAUCGCCGAACUACGAAAAACCAAGCAUACAUGUUGAUGUGCAUGAAGACGAACAAAUCGAGUCGUUUACGCAUCUCUUGCAACCGGCAUCGCACAAAACGAGUGUCCACUUUGCGCCGUAUACAGACGCCAUUGAUAAAGAACAUUCCAAGACAUUACCCUCUCAAAGAACUAUUUCACCAUUGCCCAUCAGCAAUGUUACUAAAUACAAAAGCGAUAGUAAUCCAAAUCUGCUUAUGACUGCCGUCGCAUCGAUUCCAACUAUCCAUACAAGCAACAGUCUAAUCGGACAUCACGUGCUUACCGUCGAUAUCUUUAAUAAAGACAUAUUGAAAGAUAUAUUUCACUUAGCAGAAACUUUUCGAAAUGCUAUCAGAAAAGAACGACCCUUGGAUCAUAUUUUAAAAGGAAAGAUUAUGGCUUCUAUCUUCUACGAAGUUAGCACGAGAACUUCGUGUAGUUUUGCUGCCGCAAUGGAACGUCUCGGUGGACGCGUGAUAUACAUGGAUGGUUCUACAUCAUCAGUAAAGAAAGGCGAAACCUUAGAAGAUUCAGUAACAGUAAUGGCAGGAUACGCGGAUGUAGUUGUACUCAGACACUCAGCGCCGGGUGCGGCAGCUAGAGUAGCGCAGCAUUGUAGGAAACCGAUAUUAAAUGCCGGUGAUGGAACCGGUGAGCAUCCGACGCAAGCAUUGCUGGACAUUUUCACAAUUAGAGAUGAAUUCGGAACCGUAAAUGGUCUUACAAUCACUAUGGUCGGGGAUUUGAAGCACGGUAGAACUGUUCAUUCUCUUGCAAGACUACUAACCCUAUACAACGUAGAACUUCGCUACGUCAAUCCACCUGGCCUUGACAUGCCGAAUCAUGUCGUUAAUUAUGUGGCUGAACGUGGUAUCUCUCAAGAAAGAUUUUCAACUCUGGAAGAAGCUCUACCCGACUCCGACGUACUUUAUAUAACGCGGAUACAAAGUGAGCGUUUCGCUACGCAAGAACAGUAUCACAAGAUGUGCGGAUUCUUCAUAGUAACUCCGCAGCUGAUGUCUCGUGCGAAGAGAAAGAUGGCAGUGAUGCACCCUUUACCACGUGUUUUCGAAAUAAGCAAAGAAUUUGAUACUGACCCACGGGCGGCUUACUUUCGGCAGGCAGAAAACGGAGUUUACGUGCGCAUGGCAUUGCUGGCCAUGGUUCUUGGACGCAUAUGAUCUUGACAACCCAUCAUUUGUGAAUUAAAACGUCUGCUGAAGGAGAUCAACGAUUGCGCUAAGGAAAACACACAACAUUUCUUCUGUGAUGCAACUUGAGAGAGUCAAGCUGAAUAUCAUUUAGGCAUUCCAAUCGUGCUACUGUGAUAAUUUUCGGUUGCCAAUUUUGAUUCAUCACUGUACGUACGAGUAAGGCUCCAUUUGGCGUUUAUAACGCUCGCAAACAUUAUUUAUUUGUCAGAGCAAGCUGAAUAAAUGAUUAGAUUCAUAAAAGAGUACAAACUAAAUGAGACAUUAUAUAUUGUAGGUUUUUACGAAUUUUUUAAAAUUUAUUAACAAAG